AUGCCCCAUGGUCAGAGGAGCCAAGACAGCAAUCUAGAGGAAGGCCAGCCAGGCCAGAGUAGUACACAGGUGCUCAUGGGUGUGCAGGGUCUCAAGGAGGAAGAGGAAGCAGAUACCACUGUUUCCUCUACAUCUUCUUCCUCCCAUGUUUUAAUUGGAGACACACCAAAAGAAGAGUCUGGGCCUGAGACACCAAGUUGUCCUCAGAAUUCUGAGACCAUCUAUUCUCCUCCUCCCAUGUCCAAGGAUUCCAGUCAAUGCAAUGAAUCCAGUGAGAGCUGCAGCAGUGAAUCCAGUGAGGGCUCCAGCAGUGAAUCCAGUGAGGGCUCCAGCAGUGAAUGUAGUGAGAGCUCUAGCAGGCAAGAAGCAGAGGGUCCAAGCCCCUCGCAGGACAUGAACAUCCCUCAGAUCCUGCGCAGUAUGCUCCUAAAUGAAAAGAUACAUAACUUGGUGCCCUUACUGUUUUGCAAGUAUCAAAAGAAGGAACGGAUCACCAUGGAAGAAAUACUGCACAUUGUAGAUGAAGAUUACCGUGAGCAUUUCCCUCUGAUAUUUAGGGAAUUCUGUGAGUGCAUGUGUGUGGGCUUAGGCAUGGAUAUGAGUGAAGUGGAUCCUCCUGGCCACACAUAUGAGCUUGUCCCAGUCAUGGGCCUCACUUACAAGGGAAUACUGGAUGAUGAAGAUAAACAGGUCAUUGCCAAAGUUGACCUCUUGAUACUCAUCCUGAGUGUAAUAUUCAUAAAAGGCAACCGAAUCAGUGAGGAGGAGCUAAGGAAACAAGUGAAAAGAUGGGAGACCUUAGCUAAGAUGGAGCAGAUUGUUAUUGGAGAUCCUUGGAAAUUUAUUACUGAGGAUUUGGUCCGGGAAGAGUACCUGGUGAACCAGCAGGUUCCUGACAGUGAUCCUGCUCGCUAUGAGUUCCUGUGGGGUUCAAGAGCCCAUGCUGAAACCACCCAGAUGAAAAUCCUAGAACGUAUGGCCAAGCUUAACAAGAUGGAUCCAAGGUCUUACCCACAUCUAUAUGCAGAAGCUCUGAAAGAAGAAAAAGGUACACUCAGGGCCCCUGAAGAGCAAGAUGCAUGA